GCUGGCUCAGUAUAAACGCAGCUCUCUCUCUCCCCUUCUCCUGCAUAAGAAGUAUCGACAAACCCACAGGCACACAAGAAAAGGAAAAACCAAACAAGCCCUUCGCUUGACGAUCUCUACGAUGCUCUUUGUUUCUCUCUCAUUGUUUCUUAAUAAUCUCCUCUUCUCUCUUUCCCUAUAAUCUUCCCCCUCUUGUAUCAAGAGAUCUCAAUUUCUGAAAUCACUUCCUGCUAAAUUGAACUCUUGAGUCUCGUUUGAUUUCAGCGAAGUUUCGGAGUUUAUCGUAGUUUAUCAAGCUUCAGAUUCGGAGAAUGCCUUCAAUAUUACAUUCUGCAGUUUCUUUCACUGGAACUUCAGCUUCUGAUCUUCUUCGGAGCUCCAGUAAUGGAGUCAGUGGCAUCCCUUUGAAAUCCCAAGGAAGAGUGCAGUUGUACACAAGGAGAAGGAACUUUGGUGUCACUGCAAAACUUAGGAAGGUGAAGAAGCACGAGUAUCCAUGGCCUGAAGAUCCGGAUCCUAACGUGAAAGGCGGGAUUCUUAGUCAUCUCUCACAUUUCAAGCCUUUGAAGGAGAAGCCUAAGCCAGUUACUUUGGACUUUGAGAAACCGUUAGUCCAGCUUGAGAAGAAGAUAAGCGAUGUGAGGAAGAUGGCAAAUGAAACUGGCCUGGACUUCAGUGAUCAGAUCAUUUCGCUUGAGAAGAAAUACCAACAGGCCUUGAAGGACCUAUAUACACAUCUGACCCCAAUUCAACGUGUGAAUAUUGCACGGCACCCUAACAGACCCACUUUUCUUGACCACGUAUUUAACAUCACGGACAAGUUUGUGGAGCUUCAUGGAGAUCGUGCCGGGUAUGAUGAUCCUGCUAUUGUUACUGGUUUAGGAAUCAUAGGUGAUAGAAGAAUCAUGUUCAUAGGUCACCAAAAGGGUAGAAACACGAAGGAGAACAUCCAGCGUAACUUUGGUAUGCCUACUCCCCAUGGUUACCGGAAGGCUCUGCGCAUGAUGUACUAUGCAGAUCACCAUGGGUUUCCUAUAGUUACUUUCAUUGACACACCUGGGGCAUUUGCAGACCUUAAAUCUGAGGAACUAGGUCAAGGUGAAGCCAUUGCUCACAAUUUGAGAAGCAUGUUUGGCCUGAAGGUACCAAUUGUUUCUAUUGUUAUUGGGGAAGGUGGCUCUGGUGGCGCCCUAGCCAUCGGCUGUGCUAAUAAAUUGUUAAUGCUUGAAAAUGCAGUCUUCUAUGUUGCCAGUCCAGAAGCAUGUGCAGCAAUAUUGUGGAAGACUGCCAAAGCCUCUCCGAAGGCGGCUGAGAAGCUGAAAAUCACUGGUACAGAACUGUGCAAGCUGCAAAUUGCAGAUGGGAUCAUCCCUGAGCCACUUGGUGGUGCACAUGCAGAUCCAUCUUGGACCUCACAGCAGAUAAAAGUUGCAAUUAAUGAAGCCAUGGAUGAGCUCGAGAAGAUCAAGGAGAGAAGCACGGAAGAGCUACUUAGGCAUCGCAUGCUCAAGUUUAGGAAAAUUGGAGGAUUCCAAGAAGGUAUUGCAAUAGAUCCUAAAAGAAAAGUCAACAUGAAAAGGAAAGAAGCGCCCAUUCAAGCCAAGAUUUCAGAGCAAAGGUUGAAGGAUGAGAUUGAGAAACUGAGGCAGCAAAUUUUGAAAGCCAAGGAGUCUUCUACCAGGCCUUCUGAGUUAGCUUUGAAUGAGAUGAUUGAGAAACUGAAUAAGGAAAUUGAUCGUGACUUUUCCGAGGCAGCUAAAGCCAUGGGCUUGAAGGACAGGAUUGAGAUGUUGCACCAAGAAAUUUCAAAAGCAAAUUCGCAGGACAAACUUAUGCACCCUGGUCUCAUGGACAAGAUUGAGAAGCUCAAGGCCGAGUUCAAUCAAGGCCUUCCAUCAGCUCCUAAUUAUUCAAGCAUGAAGUAUAAGCUUGACAUGUUGAAUGAGCUCUCUAAAGCGAAAAGCCAUUCUGAGAAGAACAAUAAGGCUGCGUCAUUGAAACAGGAAAUCAAUAGCAAAUUCAAAGAAGUCAUGGAUCGCCCUGAUAUUAAGGAGAAGAUUGACGUGCUGACGGCUGAAGUCCAAAGAUCUGGGGUUUCCAAAUUUGAUGAUUUAGACGAAGGUUUGAAGGAAAAUAUUUUGAAGAUUAAAAAGGAGAUAGAACUAGUAGGAGUUGAUAUCCUUAUGUCCAUGGGGCUGGAGGUUGAAGUUGUCCAAGCAAAGGCAAGAGAAUUCAGUGAAAGGACUACAUUCCCAAAAUUUAAAGAUCGGCUACAGAAUUUGAAUAAAGAAGUUUACAAGAAAAUUGAAGAUGUUGUCAACUCAUCAGAUCUGAAAAACAUGAUUGAGGUGCUGAAAUUGGAGACAGCGAAGGCAGGAAAAACCCCAAAUACUGAGUCACGAAGAAAGAUUGAGGCCCUGGAGCAACAGAUUAAGCAGAGGCUUUCAGAAGCUUUGAGUUCCACAGAAUUAAAGGAGAAACAUGAAGAGCUGGGAGCUGAGAUUUCUGAAGCCUUAAAAUCUUCUGGAGGAUUAGAUGGAAGUUUAAAACCGGAAAAUGCAACGGAAGACAUCUCUAAAUACGAUGAACCAAGAGUAGAGGUUAAUUUGGGUGCAAAUCGCAGCUGAGGUUUGAGACUUCACUUUUAGAGAGGGCAUUUUCCAGUGAAGAUAGCGUCAAGUCAAAUGCUUGGUGUUUGAAUGCAGUUGAAACGACCCGGUUGGCGCAUGGCAGUGCACAAGGCUUUGCUUCGAGGGGAACAAAUGAGUCAAAAACACUUUCUUCUUUAGUUAUUCCUUUCCUAUAAUUUAAAAAUUACAGCUACUACUCUUCGAUUUUGAACUAGAUAUUCUUAGUUCUUAUCAGUUUCAAAUUUCUGUUCCCUUUUUCACUAGCAUGUACUGUCUGUUCUAAUUAUAGAUCAACUCUGUAUAGAUUGUGUGUGGGAGGCAAAUAGCAUGCUUCCAAGUAUCAGUUGCAGCUUGCAAGCUCAGUGUGCCUUAAUGAAUCUCAUUGAUAUUUACAGUGUUCAUUUUUUUUUAUAA